AACCCCGCCAAGUAACCAAAGUCCUGCCCCCAUAAAACAUGGACAUUUUAUAAAAGCAAAAGUUCCCUCUCCGAAUACAAGAAUAUGCUUUGCCUUUCUCUCCAUAUAUUCUCCUCUUAUUAGAUUUCCUCUGAAAUUCUGCUGACAUUAUUAUCAGAAUUGUUCAUCUUCUUUCUCCGUUUCUUAAAUUCUUUCUCCUUUUGGCACUAUUCUAAUUAUGGAGCUUCUUUACGAGUUGCUAUGGAAGGCGUGUUCUUGGUUUCUGCUAUCUGUCCUUGUCGCGAGAUUUAUUUCAUUGAUUGUUUGCUCAACUGAUGAUUGUUCAGCUUCUGGAUUAAUCACAGAAAAAGGAAUCAAACGCUCUGCAACCCUUGAUCACGAGGAUAGAUUAAGGGUUUGUGAUUCUGGGAGCGAAAAAAAAGGGGUUAAAUUUGUUGCUAAAAAUGUUAAAUUUGUUGAAUCAGGGUUUAAUCAAGACGUAGUUAAAGGGUUUGAGAUUGGUGAAUUUGGUGAAGUGUUGGUUGACCAGAAUAAAGAGGAGGAAAAACUUGUAGGGUUUGAAUGUGAGGUUGGUGGGAAGAAAUCUGUUGAUCAUGUACAAGAAACAAUAGUGGGAUUUGAGGAUAGAGAGUGUCAUGGAACUGGAGUGGUUUUUGGUAGUGAAGGAGUUGUUGAUGAUGAAAAGGCGGUCGAAAAUUCGAGCAAUGUAUAUAAAGGAGAGAUUAGUGGUAGGGGGUUUGAUAGGGAGUAUGAGGGCGGUUUAAGUGAUGAGGAGGGUUGGGAGGGUGUUGAGAGAAGUGAAUUGGAAAAUAAAUUUGCAAAAGCUAUGAAUUUUGUCCAGUGUAAAGACAAGGAAGGGCGAUUAUCCAAGGGGGGUAAUGAUGUAAUGAUGCAAUUGUAUGGGUUGCAAAAAGUUGCAAUGGAGGGAACAUGCCAUGAACCUCAACCCAUGGCACUUAAACUCUCUGCCCGUGCUAAGUGGAAUGCAUGGCAAAGACUAGGAACUAUGACCCAAGAAGAUGCUAUGGAGCAGUAUAUGACCCUUCUUUCAGACAAUAUUCCUGAAUGGAUUGGAGACCAAUCAUCAGUAGAACAGAAACCAAGAUCUUCCACGGCAGGUGUAGAUAGUUCUCAAGAAGAUAACAUCUUUGGUCCAUCUGGGUCCGUGGCGUAACUGCAACUGAUAUUGGAGGCAUUUAUCUGACGCAUAAUUAAUCAGACGGUGGAUCGAUUCAUUAGGCACGGCUGACAUUCAUAUUUGAUAAGAUUGGUAGCUUUUUCAUUUUUGUUUUAGUGACUGGGUUUUGAGAUUCUGGUUAUUUGCUGUGAAUCGAAAGGCAGGAAGAAGGAAGAAGGGGGGGUCUUUAUUUGGGGCUUUGCUAUAAAAAUAAUAUGUAUAUAUUAUUAUUAUCUUUAGAGUUUAUGAUAUGUCAGCAUUUUACACAA